UGUUUUGUAUUUUAAAUUACCGGCGGAAAUGAAGGAUAGUAAUUUUGGUUUUGCAAAAUGCCUGUUUUGUUUGUGUAUUCAUGGUUUGCGUAUGCCGUCGUAACUUCUUUGACAAGUUCACACUAAUGGCUUGGGAAUGGAUUCAAGAAGUAGUCCUUUUGUUUAUAAUUUUUAGUGUAAUAAAUCUGUACUCAUGUAAAAAUGCAAGCCAGGAUCUUUUUUCAGUCGACCAAUCUGUGCAACCACCGCUUGAAAAAGAAUCGGAAGAAAUAUCGAAUCAAAAACAAUAUGUUGUCCGUUUAAAUGCUAAGGUUUUCGCAAUUGAACGAGAAAGACUUGAGAAAACUUUACAACAAAACUUUUUCAGCUAUCCAAAUGACCAUAAAUAUUCAAAUGUGGAUUAUAAUAAUUUUGCAAAUCCUGGAAAAUUUAUUGGUUCUUAUCUGCGACAAAUAAGUAAUGUUGAACUCUGUGCGACUACCAUGCAGGCCAUUUUUGACACUCUGCCUGCUGUCGAAGCCGUUGAAGAUCCACAAGAGAUUCUAAUAGAUGUAAGCAGUAGGUUAAGCAGAAAAAUAAAAGAAUAUGCAUCUGUUGUGGAAAAAAAUAAACAGUAUAUAGAGAAUGUUUUGUCUGCUAAGCAAUUUGCUUUCAGCAUGGCCAAUUAUGCUUGUUGUAAUCUACCUUCUGAAGCUUUGAGCUACCAUGAACAUUUUGGAAUUGGUGUCACCCUAGAGAAUGGAUGCGUAACAUUUCCAUAUUCUCAGCUGCCUGCUGGACAAUAUAUCGGAAAGAAUUUGUCAACAGCAUUCAGAGUACACUUGAGGAAAGUACCAUCACUGAUGUGGCAGUAUUAUAUAUUCACUAAUGGGGCACAUUUUGAAUAUCCUGGGUACCGUCUUGGAUUUUCUGAAAGUUGUGAUCAAAAAACAGACCGGCAUAGACAAGUGUUUCAAGAUACUGUUAAGACUAAAACAAAACAUGUCAUCAUUGCAAUAGACCAAGGAAAAGCUUUAAGUCUCUUCCAGUUUGGGAGUGCCAAAAUAAUAGGCAAACAUAUACUCAGUCUGCUCUCGCCUCAUGACCGAGUGAUUAUAUUUGGUCUAGCAUCUGAUGUGCAUUUCUCCCAAGGAAAUUGCUCAGGACAUUCCAUGCUGUUUGCUACCACUGAAACUAAACUUGAACUAAUGAAAUUUUUUGACAAUUUAACAAGAAAACAAAAUUCAACAAAUCAUGUACUUGGCUUUCGGACCAUUUAUGACAUUAUACAAAAGAUAGAGAAUAGCAACCAAUCAUUGAAAUAUGAAAUCCUUGUUACUUAUAUAAGUAGAGGCUUAAUGUCAUCAUUAGUGGAUGCAAAACAAGUGCUAGAGAUCAUUGCUGAUGGAAAUGUGCUUUCCAAAAAUCAUAUUGUAAUCAAUACGUAUGCAUUAAUUGAUGAUGAAAGACCAGUGAUGUAUGAAAAGGAUUUUCUUCUAGAUAUAGCUGAGCAGAAUUUCAGAAAGUAUAAUAUCUUUGUGAAGAAAAACCAAGAAAUUUUGAAAGGUGUUAUGAUACCUAUCAAUUCAACAAAUGAUAUUAGUGCUACAAUUGGAGAUAUUUUUGCUGCUUUCCCAACACAUAAGUCUCCAAAGCCAUUAUUUUCUCAUCCAUAUUUUGAUCCUGUUAGUAAAGGCAUGGUUGUUAGCCUUACUGAACAAGUUUUCCAUCAAGGGGACUUAGUUGGAAUUACCGGUGUUGAUAUUUCACUUACAGAUAUUUCUGAAGACAUUUCCUUUUUUACCAACUCUGAAUCUUUAUAUGCCUUUCUCAUGGAUGAAUCAGGCAUUGCAUUAACUCAUCCAUCAUUUAGUCAUCCUACAUAUGCAAGUUGGCAUCCUGUUCAUACCUAUGCUUGGCAUUUGGAGGACAAACCUGGUUUCCAGAGUGUUUUCAAGGAUAUGCUGAAGGAACCAAGUGGGGAAAGAGCCUUGCAAUUAAAACCAUCCAAAAGUAGUAAGCAAAAUGUAAAGACUCCCGAAACUGCUGUUUAUCACUGGAUGAAGAUUGAAGGAGCACCUUAUAUUGUAUGUGUUGUUUCAAUUGAACCUGUGAAAAGAAAAAAGAUUUUGAAAAAUUACAUUUAUUCUGAUAACACAAAUUUUGUGUACCAUCGAAUAGAUUUGAUCCCCCCAACAACUUCAUGCAGACAUAUGAAACAAUUAUCAUCAUUAGAUACAACCGCUCUUUUUCUUUCGGCUUCAUGCUUCUGGUCACCUUAUAAGCAUUUAAUGGAAGAAGAAACUCUUCAGACUGUUUUGAAUUACAUGGCUUACUUAAAAGAUCCUACCAGACUGAUUGCUAACCCAGGAUUAAAGCCAUUUGUUCGCAGUGAAGUUCAAGCUUUAUCUCAGAUUGCUUCUACUUGGAUGGCAGCAGCAGAACAUAAGGAAUUUUCAAAUUACAUUGUCCGAAGGUUCAUUGCUACUAAAAAUGGUGUUUUUCUUAUGUAUCCUGCAACCUUGAUUGACAAAGCAUAUGAUGCCACUCGACGAGAUUGGUUCACACGUGCUUUGGAACAUCCUGGCAGAAUUGUUUUGACAGCGCCUUACCUUGAUGUCGGCGGAGCUGGAUAUGUUAUCACAUUAAGUCAUACGAUAUAUGAAGGAAAGCCAGCUGCAUUGCACAGCUCUGCUGAUAAUAUUGUAGCCGUAAUGGGCAUGGAUUUUACUUUUGGCUUCUUUUAUAAAUAUUUGGAAGAAAAAAUACCCAUUUGCAAGCAAGGCCAUAUUAUUUGUUUUCUGUUGGAUGACAAAGGAUAUUUAGUUUCACAUCCAGAUUUAAUUGAACCUAGUGGUAAAGGACCUGUGGAACAGCAGCAUAUUACUCAUAAGGAGCCCUUAGUUGCAAAUGACCUACUUAAUCAUAGAGCAUUUGUGUCGAAAAAUGUGUGCAAUAGUUACAGUGAUAGAACAAUCCAGAGAUUUUAUCAAUUGAACAUAAGUUUAGAUGCAGUCCUUACUAAUCUUGUUCAUGGUGAACAAUGUACCAAAUAUCAAGUCAUGGCUGUACCUGGUACUAACACUUUCCUUGGCAUUGUAAAUAGAACCUGUGAUGGAAUAACUGCUUUUUGUCCUUGCAGUAUGACUGACAGAUUGUGUUUGAAUUGUCACCGUAUGGAACCUACAGAAUGUGAAUGUCCUUGUGAAUGCCCACUAAAAAUGGAUUUGUGUACUGGGCAACUUAUAAAUGAAAGUAAUUGGUAUCCUACUUGUCCACAUUUAUCUGAAUUGCCAAAUUUGCCAGUUGUAGAUUUAAAUGUUCUUGAUGCACUGCCACCUUGCUAUGAAUUUCACUGUUCUUCCCGCACAACACUUAAUGAUUGUUUUGGUACGUUGGGUUGCGAGUGGUGCCAAUUAUCAUCUGAUGGUAUUACACCUCUUCAAAAGAAAUUCUGUACGGAUCAGCGAAAGUGUUUCGGUGGGAUUUUAGGAGCAAGAACCCCAUACGCAGAUGAAAUUAUAGAACAUUUACCCGAGGGAGAAUUCCUGGUGAUUGAAAGCACUCCCGUGGGUCCUGUGGCUGGCGGGUUUAUAGUUUUCUUCCUUGUGGUUGCACUUGGCGUAUAUUGUUACCGCAAUCAUGUUCUAAGAAGUAGCUCAUCCCAUUAUGGAUCUUCAAGCCCUGAAACUAAUUUUAGAAUGACUCAGUUGAAUAAUGAGCCAGAUGAAUCCGAUCCUUAUCAAGAACCUAUUAAUUCUGGUAUGGCUCCAAUGUGUCAGCUAAUACCUCACAUGGAAAAUAUAGUUUCGCCAUACCGUGUUCCAACAAACUAUCGCAGGCCACCUGGAGGUGACAGUGAUCAUGGUUACAGCACCAUGACGCCCCACGAAGACACUGAACUGGUCCCUUAUUUUGAACCUUUACUUAUUGGGAAAGACAGGGUUGCUCACCCUUCCUCUCACAACUCUCUGAGUAGUGACAGCCGAACUUCCUCCCCCGUGUCUUGUGUUCCAUCUGCAGCCUGUUCUGUUUCACCCUCCAUGCAGAAAAUGGAAUGUCCUGUGCCAUCAUGGCUGUCACAUAAAGACUUUCCUUGCAAAGCGGACAAAGUUCGGGGCUCAUAUGUACUUGCUCACGUUCAAGUGCAUUCUGAAAACAUAGACUAA